UGUAUCUUAAUAAUUACAACCAUGAUAUAGCCCUUCAUAUUUUAAUAUAGCCCUUGCCAGUUAGUGCUGUUCCCCUCUAUAUAAAUCCCGUAGCCUGGCGAAGGUUUUCUUUUCACUUUCCUUCCUGAGAGGUCUCGAGGAAAAAAACUGGGCGUGAAACCCUCCAAAGCCACUAGACUUUUUCCCAAUCAAAACAUUCACAAAAUUAUUGACAACAGAUCAAACUCCAUUGCAAAUUUGUACCGGCCAACACAGAACUCGUUUUGUACGGUGCUGUGCGAAUAUCGGCCAAAAGCCAGAGCACAACAUUUUUACUGUUGUUAUCUGGUGCAUGAUAAAGGUCGAUCUUUCCCCAUUUGCAGAUAUUUUUCUUUUGUAGAAACACCCACAAAAAAAAAAAGAGGAAAAGAACAGAAAAGCAAUCAUUUUUCAUUAAGCUUGUGUUUUUCCUAGAUUGUUGCAAUGGAAAAAACAUGACUGAUGAUGAUGCUGCCAUGAAUUUGGAAGUUAGUUAAUCUUAAAUGUUUUUCAAGUCUGAGGAUUUUUUGAUAUUGGGGUUUGAUGGACUUAAAAAACAGUUCAAAUUAGGGAUGUUAUAUUAUCAAUGAGUGUAUGGCAGGGAACGGUAAAGCUCCCCAUGUGUCUGUUGUUAUUCUCCGGAGAAGGUCAAUUUUGCUACGGCUUUUGCUUUUUCUGGCUGCUCUUCUUGGUUGCUGUCUUCGGAACUGAUAAUGCGAAAAGUGGUGAAUUUUUUGAUCACUAGGGUUUUCAAAACUCAAAUUUGCACGUUGGAGUUAAUUUCAGGGGAAUUUUAAGAUCAGUUGGAGAAAACCCACUUGAGGUCACUAUUUUCAAACAUUAGUUUUCUUGCCAAAUAUUUUGCGGUCAAGGGUGCUGUGGACGAGACAUUAUUUGCACAGUUUUGGUCAGUGGAGGGUUGGAUUGGUUCGCUCUAGUCUUGAUAGACUUUUCCAUGGCUGCAUUGUGAUUAUGGGGGAAGAUUUCUUGUUUGAGCUCUAGUACUCAGAGUUUGAAUUCACUGCCAUUGUAUGGUUUGCCUCAUGUUGCUACCUUGCCAUUAGAUCAUAUAUACCGAGGAUUUUCUUGGAGUUUAAAAGGAAAAGCAUUCUGAAUCAAAUCAUUUAUUAUGCUACUAAAAUUUUGUCUAGGCCUGUGUCAUUUUGAGGAGUUCGGGUAGAAAGACUUGGUGUUUCCAAUCCAGUAAUGGAGUUUAUCAACGGCAGGGUUUUUUGGUUACGUGCAAGACAUUGCAGUGACUAGGUAGAUUGUCCUGACAUGGGAAGGAAAAAUUCAGACCGUAAUUGAAGUAAGCAUUUUGCAAUAAUGCGGUUGAUUUGAGAGUUUGUUUCAACAGAGGGAGGCAGAAUUUAGAUCAGUACAACUUGUCUAGUGACAAUCGAAGUAAGCUCUUUUUUUUGGAGAAUAAGCCAGCAGGCUUCAUUGCAAACAGCUGUCCUCUUCUGCGAGAUCCUCUUUAUAGGGAUUUUGAAUUUCUUGAGUUUAGACUAAGAUAAUGAUGAAAGUUACACUGUGACAAUUAUUACAUAGAAUACUGUCUCGUAACACUUAUUAUUGUGUUUGGAACCAUCCCGAUCUCAAAUAGUCAUAGAAUCUAUUUACCAUUGAAGGAUUGUGCUUCAGCCGUGCUAUUGCAUUGCUUCUACAGAAGGGAUAUUACUGAUAAGUGCCUUUUUAUCACAGGUGAUGUGCUGGAGAUGAAUUCAGUGACAUGGUGCAUGAUUGGGAGCAUAAUUGCAGUUCCUCACCCAAGUUGUGUCAAUACUCUUAUAAUUUAGGUUGUUGGUUGUUGUUGCUGGAAGGUGUUUGUGUUGGCUGGCACACCUGUUCCUUACAAUGUCUCGUUGUUUCCCAUUUCCACCCCCUGGGUAUGAAAAGAAGACCAAAACUGACGAGUUGGAGUUUUCGAUCAAGAAGGAAAAGCACAAGGACAAAAAGAGAAGAAGAGAGAAGGAGGACAAGGAAAAAAAAGAGGACAGAGAAAAAAAAGACAAGGAUAAAAGCAAGGAGAAACGCAAAGAAAAGAAGUCCAAGGAUCACAAAGAUAAGAAUAAAGACAGGGAUAGGGACAAAGAAGGAGAGAAGGACCGAGUCAAGGACAAGAACAUAGAGGACCGAGUCAAGGACAAGAACAUAGAUGAGAAGAAGAUCGGAGAGAAGGACAUAUUGCAGAAGGAUGCCAAUGAGAAGAGAAGUGAUGAAAGGGAUAGGCACAAGGACAAAAAUAUACUUGAAACACAGAUUAGAGAUAAGGACAGGCCAAAGGACAAGAUCCUUGAUGGAAGGACUGGAGAAAAGGAGAGGCCCAAGGACAAGAUUGUUGAUGGAAGGAAUGGAGAAAAGGAUAGGCCGAAGGACAAGAUUGUUGAUGGAAGGAAUGGAGAAAAGGAUAGGCCGAAGGACAAGAUCGUUGAUGGAAGGACUGGAGAAAAGGACAGAGUGAAGGACAAGAGUGUUGAUGGAAGAACUGGGGAAAAGGACAGGCCUAAGGACAGGAUCAGCGAUGAAAAGACAGGAGACAAGGAUAGGCUCAAAGAAAAAGGCAAGGAUGAAGCAAAGGUGGGAGAAAAGGACAGGCCCAAGGAUAAGGAAAGGGAUGAAUCCAAGGUUGCAGAGAAGGAAAGUAACAAGGAUAAGGUCAGAGAUGAGAAGAAAGUCGGUGGAAAAGAAAGAAGCAAGGAUAAGGAAAAAGAUGAAAAGAAGAAAGACAAGGGCAAGGAUAAGGAUAGAAAUGAAAAGAAGAAGAGAGAAAAGGACAGAAACAAAGUUAAGGAGAAGAAUGGAGAAAAAGAGAAACUCAGGAACAGAGAUAAAGAAAAAGAGACAGAAAAAGAGAAGGAAAAACUGAAAGAAAAGGAGAGAGACAAAGAGAAGGAAAGAUUGAAAGAGAAGGAGAGAGACAAAGAGAAGGAAAUACUGAAAGAAAAGGAGAGAGACAAAGACAAGGCCAGUGAAAAGGAUAGCUUUAAGGACAAGGAGAAAGACAGGGAAAAGCAUGUAAACAAGGAGGACAAAGAGCAAGAGAAGGUCAAACAACUGGCACCAGAGAAACUCAAGUUAAGAGGCAAAGACGUUGAGAAGGGUAAGGAGAAGAACACAAUGAAGGAUACCGAAAAUGACAAGAACAAGGAGACAAUUCUUGCAAAGAGGAAAGCUAUUGAUACCAAUGGUGAUCUGCAUGACAAUGACAAAAGGCCCGGUAAGCUUCCCCGAACUGCAGUUUCAAGUGAUACCUACAAAGAGAAUGGCAGAAGAAUCCCAGAAGCAAAGGAGGUUGCCGUUCAGCCUGUACCUGACCGAAGGAGUGGAGCAGCUGACAACACUGGUAUUGAACAACGUGUUGACAGCAGAAAUUGCCCGCCCUCAUUAUACAAUAAAGAUGGGGAAAGUAAUGGCAAAGUAGUCAGUCAGUUGUAUUCAGUUUCUCUGAAGCCUUCAAUUAGUAGUCAUAUGGAGGCUGGUCACAGCAGUCCUAAUAGAAAUAAGCAUGAUAAUGAUUUGCAAGAUCUAAGACAUACUCUCAAUUUUCCUGUUAAGGAAGCUUGGUCAGAUGUUGAUGACCAGGCAUGGCUCUUUGAUACUAGUCUCCAGUUAAAGCCUAAGGCUAUAUCGGAGGCUGACAGAGGAAUUCCUCUGGUAUGGUCAGAGGCAUUGCACUUAAAAUCAGUUGACAUACAUGCAUUGCCAUUUGUCACUCCUUACUGAUAUUAGGCUUUCAUGUCAUCCUCAUUAUGCUGAGUUUUGAAGUAUCCAUCAAAGUUAUGGCAUCAUCAUUUUGGGGUGGGCCUCGUCUCUGUUUUCCCUAUUCAUCUGCAUUUUUGGUGCAUCAUCUUGUUCAAAUGCACUUUUCUUUCAGGUAUCAAUUCUUACCUGUCAUAGUAAAAGCAUACAUGGAAUCAGCAUUUGGAAAACUUGUUCAAGGCAGUUCUCAUUCUUUGCAUAUCUUUUAGGUUUGUAAUUUAAAUAUUCUCUAAGUAGUCUCUUUGCUAAACAUCUUGAAGUUUAUUCUUAACCAGCCAUCCUUAUCAAUGAAGUUCUGUUCAGGUCUAAUUAUCAUUUAAGUCCACUUUAGUCAGCUUAAUUCUUCUGACAUAAAGAGUGUAUUCUAGUCAUCUUAAUCGGUUGUAAGAGCCUCAGGUCAUCAAGCCAGAUACAGGCCACUCAAUUUUGAUCUGUAUUCUAUAGUCGUAAGCAAAAUUGUAAUGAGAUUUCAAGGCGGAGGGUUCGCCAUUCUUU